AUGUCUAAGAACCAAGUAUUCAGUGAACAAGCGAUUAAGGAGAAUCAACCACGAAAAUGGUCGCGUCGGCGUCGUAUCACAAUCAUAAUCGUAAUCAUCUUAUUGAUGAUUUUAAUUAUCUGUGGUCUUAUCAUUGGACUCGUAUUACAUUUUGUUAUUUUCGUUCAACCAGAAAUAGGAAUUAUUUCAUCAACUCGUAGCAUAACACAAUUAUCGUCGUUGUCAACAUCAAUAACAACAAAAGUUUUGACUUCAGAACAAACAUCUAUUUCAUCAAGUACAUCUACAACGAGAACCGCAAUAGCAACAUCACGUGCUGAUACAGUAUCGGCAGUCAUAGCAGCAUUUACAACUGACUCGGCAACAGCAACAUUGGAGAUAGUCUCAUCAUCAUUUACAAACAUCGACUCACAACCAGGAUGGUUUAAUACUGGUAAUCUAAACCAUGCACGAGUGUCGCAUACAGCAUCAUUAUUGAAGAAUGAGGACGUAUUGGUUACGGGUGGAUACAACGAUGGUUUUCUAAAUACUGCUGAAUUAUAUAAUCCAUUGCUGGGAACUUGGACAUUAACUGCUCCUAUGAAUGUUGCACGACAGGGCCAUACAUCGACCGUAUUGAUGAGUGGAUUAGUGUUAGUUGCUGGUGGUUUUAAUAUAAAUAGUGCUGAGUUAUAUGAUCCUUCGAGAAAAAUGUGGACGAACACCGUCAAUAUGAACUCUUUUCGACAAUGGCAUACAGCAUCACUAUUAACUAAUGGAAAUGUGUUGGUUACUGGUGGACACAUGAGAAAUAUUUAUUAUAAUAGUUCUGAAGUAUAUGAUUCGUCAACGGGGGCAUGGGUGUUAACGUCCUCCAUGAACUAUGCUCGACAAGGUCACAAAGCGGUAGUUAUAGAUGGAAAAGUUUUAGUUGUUGGUGGGUAUGAUGGUAGUACUAUCUUAAGUAGUACAGAACUGUACGAUCCAAUGACGAAUUCAUGGACAACAAUGUCGAGCAUGCACUAUCCACGACAUAGUCAUACAAUAACCGUACUCAAUGACGGAAAAGUAUUAGUAACUGGUGGAGAAAGAGAAAAUGGUGUCUAUCUAAAUAGUGCCGAAAUCUAUGACCCUGUGACAAAUACAUGGUCAUUAACUAGUAAUAUGCAUUAUACACGAUACGAUCAUGUAGCUGUACUGUUAAAAACCGGCAAAGUGUUGUUGGCUGGUGGAUAUAGUAAUAGCGGUGCUCAAGAGACUGCUGAAUUGUAUGAUCCGAAGACAGAAAUGUGGACUACGACUUACAGUAUGAAUUAUAAGCGCCAAGGACCUACAGCAUCGUUGUUAAGCAACGGCCAAGUAUUAGUAUCCAGUGGAUGGAGUGGUUCUGCUAAUCUGAUGACCACUGAACUAUAUGAACCAUAG